AUGCACGCCAUCGCGGGGAGACGCAGGGCAAUUGCCAGAGCAGCUUUGGCAACAUUCCUUCUGUGGCAAGGUCGCACAUUUGCCGCUGGAGGUCAGAUCUCCGUCCUGUUGACGCGACAGGCUGGCGAGAAUGGGAAGCUCGAAAAAGCGCUACUGGAGGCGCUUCCCAGCAGCCUGCUGGAGCAAGUGCAAGUGGCGGAGGUCCCAUGCAUCGAGCACGGGCAGGGUCCGGACUUUGAGCUUCUAGAGGUUGUCCUUCUCACCUCGCCAGAGGCGGCCAGAGUCUUCGCAGAGGCCUGGAGAUCUGCGAGGUCCCCCCCUUGCCAAGUGGCUUCAGUUGGCAAGGGCACCACAGCCACAGCGAGGGCUGCGGGCCUUGAGGUGAUCUUCGAGCCGUCUGUGGCCAAUGCUGAAAGCCUUGCCGCGGAGCUCAGGCCUCGGAGCUGCCCGACUUUGGGCACAAGCUGCUGUGCCACUGGCUUUGGAGAAAUGGCAAUCUCUCUGGAGUACCGCUUUACCUUCAUCAACGUGCUGGAGGAGGAGCCCAGCCUUCACCUCAAGACCCGCUCGGCCAGCGUGCCGCCCCGGCGCUCCCCGGAAAUGUGCAGUGCGAUGGAGAAUGAGCUGGAGGACGGACGAUACGUGCAAGCCCUCACACAGAAGCUCAGCCCAAUUUUCGGCGCCGAGGCUGCUUCGCCACGGGAGAUACCCUCAGGCGAAAUCAGCUCGGUCGCGGACGGUGAGAAGGAUACGGUGCUCCCCGAUGGCAUGUCCAGCCUCCCGUUGAGUGAUUGGAGGUCAUCCAUCGGCACCUCCAACGAUCAGGAUUCCGAGUCCGGCCUUUCUUUGAGUGCCUCGAAUGCUUCCAAUCCGGGGAGUGUGGGACACCCCGAGCUGUGCCGGCGGCCGUGCAUCUACUUCGCCGCCGGAGAGUGCAAGAACAGCGAGGGGUGCAACUUUUGCCACUUGAGCCACGCCCACCGCUCGGCGACGCUGGACAAGAAUCAGCGUCAGCUGAUCAAGGAGCUUGACAAGCAUGAGUUCCUAAGCGUGCUCCUGCGUUGCCUUCAAAAUAAGGCGGCACAGGGCAAGUUCCAACCAGAGGCGCAGAGCGUGCUGGACCUCUUUGAAGCAAGGCUGCUGAAGGAGCCAGUCCAGAUGGGCAAGGAGGAGCCAUCCAAGGCGAAGAUGAAUAACCUUGAGCGCGCUUUGGGCCGCAUGACCUUCUUCAGCGUCGCGAGCCUGACUACACGUGCUCAAUUCGACAAGGAGUUCUUGGAUUGCUGCAAGACGGAGGUUGGGAAGUUGCGUGCCCACUUCGACCAGUGA